UCCCUGAACAAAGGUAAGUUGCCACCUCUCCCAGCUGCAGCAGGACCCCCCCCAGACAAGACGUACCAAACAAAAAUGGCUGAAGAGGAAAUUAAAAGCUUCUCUGUUGAGCUGAGUGAGAAAGGAGGGAUAGAAAACAAUGGAUUUGUUCAGGAGAAGACUGUGGAUGAAAAUGAGACCAAUGCCAGUCGCCAAGAAGAGAUGCCAAAAACAUGUGCUGUUGGCAUCAACCCAGAAAGUACACAGGAGCCCUCUUGUGAAGUUUUGAAGCCCUUUGCAGGAAUGCCUAAGGAAGUCUUGCUUAAGUUCUCCUGUCAGGCACGGUACAGAGUCACCAGGGAAAUCCUCUUUUGGCUUAUAAUUGCAUCUGUGCUAGUGCUUGUAUGUGCUACAAUUGCAAUUAUUGCUCUGUCUCCAAAGUGUCUGGGCUGGUGGCAAAUCAGUCCCAUUUAUCAGAUCUAUCCUCGUUCUUUUAAGGACACCAACAUGGAUGGGAAUGGUGAUCUGAAAGGUAUCCAAGAAAAACUGGACCAUGUCUCACAUUUAAAUGUAAAAACAAUCUGGAUAACAUCCUUUUAUAAAUCCCCCAUAAAAGAUUUUGGGUAUGGAGUAGAAGACUUCCGUGAUAUUGAUCCUAUGUUUGGAACGAUGAAGGAUUUUGAAAACCUGAUUGCAGCUAUUCAUGAUAAAGGCUUAAAGGUGAUAAUGGACUUAAUACCAAACCACACAAGUGCCAAACACAGUUGGUUUCAGCUGAGUCGCAACAGGACUGGGAAAUAUGUGGAUUACUACAUCUGGCAUGAUUGUGCACAGGCUGACGGUACAAUCACUCCUCCUAACAACUGGGUAAGUGUAUAUGGGAAUUCCAGUUGGCAGUAUGAUGAUGUGAGAAAGCAGUGUUAUUUCCACCAAUUUGGGAAAGAACAACCAGAUUUAAAUUUUCGCAACACUGCUGUGCAAGAAGAAAUACAUGAUAUUAUCAGGUUUUGGCUGGGCAAGGGCAUUGAUGGAUUUAGCAUCAAUGAUGUUAAAUUUCUUCUCGAAGCAAUGAACCUAAGGGACGAACCUCAAGUGAAUAAAUCCCAAAAUCCGACUAGCAUCACAGCCUAUUCUGAACUGUAUCAUGACUAUACCAGCACUCAAGUUGGCAUGCAUGAUAUUGUCCGUGGUUUCCGGCACACUAUGGAUCUUUUUAGCAGUGAGCCCGGCCGAUACAGGUUUAUGGGUACUGAGGCCAACGAUCUGGAAAACAUAGAAGAAACAAUGAUGUAUUAUGGAACGUCUUUUAUCCAAGAAGCAGAUUUUCCCUUCAACUUCUAUCUCAUCAACAUGAAAAACCUCUCAGGCAAUAGUAUUUUUGAAACUGUGUCCUUGUGGAUGAAGAAUAUGCCUAAAGGAAAAUGGCCAAACUGGGCGGUUGGAGACCCUAACAGUGUUCGGAUUACGUCUCGAAUUGGGAAAGAGUACCUUAAUGUGAUCAACAUGCUCCUUUUAACCCUUCCUGGUACACCUACAACUUACUAUGGUGAAGAAAUAGGAAUGGAAAACAUUGCAUCAGAAAAUAUGACUUUUGCAGAGAAGUCACCCAUGCAAUGGGAUGGCAGCCUUCAUUCUGGUUUUAGUGAGGGCAACGUAACCUGGCUACCUGUUAAUCCAGACUAUCAAAAUGUAAAUGUUGAAAUUCAAAAGACUCAGCCCAAUUCAACAUUGAAUUUGUAUCGAGAGCUAACUCUGCUUCAUAACAAUGAGUUGCCCAUUCAGAGGGGAUGGAUGUGCUAUGUCUGGAAUGACAGUAAUGUCUUUGCAUAUGUGAGGGAAUUAGAUGGCUUAGACAGAGUCUUUAUGAUGGUUCUCAAUUUUGGAUGGGAGUCAACAACAGACCUAAAAACUGUGGUUCCUGAGCUUCCAACUGAAGCUACUAUAAGAUUAAGCACAAAUUUUAGCAAUAAUGGUAAAGUUGUAAAUACUAAAACAAUUAAAACUGCUAAGGGUGAAGGGCUGAUCCUUGAAUAUAAAACUAGCCGGCCAGUUCAUACUAUGGAGGCUUUUCAACUGAAGUGUUUUGUGGCAGAAAAAGCAUGUUAUUCUAGUGCCUUUGAUUUACUUUAUAUGAAUUGCUAAGUUUUUGGACAUGUGUGAUACAACAGAACGUAUGUUAUUCAGGUAAAUGCUGUGAACAGAGUGUCUGUUGCAGCUUUUCAAAGUCGCUGCAUUGUGUAUAAAAUGUAUAGAAACCCAUAAACUAAACUAAUGUGGUUUUAACUGUAUGGCCUCUGCACUGGUGUGAAAGCAGUUAUGGUGGAGGCAAGGGUUUGAUGAUGCUUGGUGUGAUGACUGCUCCCCCAAGAGAAACCACAAGUGUACAGAUAUUCAGGCUUUUCCUCCCAGGGUAACAAAUGGCUUUUCUCCCAGGAUAAAAAUAACUUGGGAACAACCAGGGUUAAAUCACUCCCAGGAGAGUUUCUCCAGGGAUAGCAAAGGUCUGUAUAUGCCAUGGCUUCUCUCAGAAGAGAAUAUAGUCCUCCCGCCUCCCCCACAGAAGACCGUGUACUGAUUGCUAGACUCUGCUGCUCCAGACCACUUCCCUUUUGCAAUCCCCACAUUAGGCUGCAGGGAAGCAUAGACUGACCAUAGGCAGUCCAAGUCAGCUAAUUUGGGCUGCCCUAUGGACUGCUGUGAUUGAUGGCCAGGCAGCCCUCCCUGGCUGCACACUGUCAGCACUUCAAACUCUCCACUCUUUGGGGCCUCAGCGUUCAAAUGUCUGUACAUGCAUUUUUGGGUAAGUUUCUCUACCCAGAGAAACAUUGGAGAAUUCUCCCAGAUUGCUUGAAUGUGUGUAUGCAGCAUGAACCAUCUCAGGAACUGGAAGUCUAGCUCUUUGCAGUACAGCAAAUCAGCCUGAUCUGAGCUCUGUGCUAUUGUGGCUAGAUUGAUUUUGGUACAUUGCAUUGUUUCUGAAGUUACUGUAGACUACAGGGCAAACAUACAUAAAGUGUUGGCUCUCGCUUUUGGUCAAUAUACCAUUAUCAACCCUCAUCACUUCUUGUGGACUACCUUCCUCUCACUCCUCUAAUUAAAGGAGAGGAAGGGUGAUGUGAUCUGGGGAUCACUUACCGUUAUAUAGGAACUACUGUCUGCAGUAUUAAGUCUUUAAGACGGGGGUAGGUAAUAGGGGUGUGCAAAGCAGUCCCUAUUUGAUUCGGAUUCAGCCCGAAUCAGGGACAGUGAUUCAUUGAUUCAGAUCACUGGCUCUGAUUUGAUUUGGCUGAAUCUGAAGAUUUGAUGCUGAUUCGGACAUAGAUGCAGCUUUAAAAGUUUUUUCUAUAUACCUUGAGGUAGCAGGCGCUGCUCAUGAUCGCUGUGCUGCUGGGGUGCAUGGAUUGUUCCACAGGAGUGUGGGGGCACCCUGCACAUGCUUGGCAGUGAACUGGAAAUCUAGUUCUGGGUCUGCUGGGGAAUGCGCUGGGUGGCCUCCCCGCGCCUCCCUGGCUUGGUGAUCAGCUGCAGGGAGAUCAGGGUGUACCCCCCAAACCCAGGAGGCACCAGUCACUGAGCUGUUGGGCGGGGGGGGCAGGGAGGGGAGGAGGUGUGGGGGUGCCCCCCUGCCAGACCCAGAAGUGGACCAGAAGUGCUUCUGGUCCACCUCCAGGUCUGCUGCUGAGUGUGCUGGGGAGCCCCCCGCACUUCUGUGGGACACUCCAUGUGCCCUAGGAUCGCAGCAUUCACGAGCCGCCUGCUACCUGGAGGUAUGUAGAAAAAACAUUUGAAGCUCUCUCUGUCUGAAUCUUUCCAAAUUGAUUUGGAGGGUUCUGAUUUGAUUUGGAGAGACUAAAGGGUCCUCUGAUUCUAUUCGGAUUUGAAGAUUUGGCUGCUGAAUCUCUGCCCAAUUGAAUCAGGGACUGAAGCUUCGCACAGCCUUAGUAGGUAACCCCCGGCACACGUGCCAGAGCAUGCCACGUGAAAGCAUUUUGCUUGGCAUGCAUGCCUCAGGGGAGACUGGGGAAUGGUCUAGGGCUGUGCUGCCACAACAAGGAUCGGGCCCCUUGCAGCUCCUUGCUGUCCACCCCUAGCACACCAAUAUCUUACAAGUGUUUGUGGGUGUUUUUGGCACUCUGCCCAAAAAUGUUGCCAACCCCUGCUUUAAGAUUUCCAGUUGUGCUGUGGUCAUUCAUUGGUCACUCCUGUGGGCUGUACUUGUCUGCCACAACUGAGGCCCAAAUCCUAUGAAAGUUCAUGAUAAACAGAACUUGUUUUGUACGAAGAUGUUUCUGGUUUGUGGCAUGCAGUCUAAAAGAGCAGUGGAUUAUUUGAAAUAGCUAGAAGCAAAGAUGUUAUUAGCACAAUUAAAAAUAUUUUAAUUACACAGCAGCAGGAAAAUUUCAGAAAAGAGUAAGACAGUUAUUUAGUAGUCCUGGAUGAGUUCAUGUGCUGGUAUCAGGUAAGAGAAACUUACUGACCAUGCCAUAAUUGUGCACCAAAGAUUUUUACCAAGGGAUCCAUCUUCUCCUACAGAAUUGGGAUGCAGCUGUAUUAAUCAGUCAUCUUGAUUCUUUGUUUGCAAAAGCACCAGGUAUCACAAGGAGUUGCUUAUUUCAUUCAGCAGGGGAGGAUUUUACCACUCGCAGUUGCUGUGUAUAUGUAAGUGAAUAACCCACAAAACUCUGCCUUCUGAAAUUCCUGAUUGUACACUGAAAGCAGGGACCUGAAAGUGGGACUGUAUUGUAGCUGGUAGCUUUUCCAAAGUGAGUGAUCCAUUUUUAAAUUGCAUAUGCAUGAUGUAGUUUUUUCAGCUCUCCGAUAAGCUCAUGGAUGUAUAUGUCUACUUCUUUAGCAUUUGCUGCAAUAUAUAAAAACAACUGCAUAAUAAAUAAACCACUGCAAGUUA